GUGAUCCAUCGAGAGUUAAAACAGUUCUUAAAAAUAAAAGAAAACAAGUUUUGGAGCACUUUGAGCAAAACCCGACCAUAAACAACCACAAAAUGCAAAUUGUAUUACUACAGAAUCCAGUUUCAGGAAUUCGUGACCAACAUAUGAUACCACCACAGCCAGUUGACAAACCGACUGUGAAGAAAUCUCAAGUUUGCUGCCCAAAGUGCAACCGUGAGCUCAAGUUGAAAAAGUCUAACAAACGGUUCACAUGCGAUGGAUGUAUGCAGGAUGGAUUUGGAUCACGAAACCGAUGCGAGGACUGCAAUUAUGACUUGCACCAGGAGUGCACGUCACCUGAACCUACCAUUUCCCCCGAGUUUUUUCGAAUAGUCAUCUUUGAAUUUUGUCGUCAACCAAAACAAAGUACAAGGUCCUGUUAUGCAUGCGGAAAAAGUAUGCAUGGCUAUUUUUAUUGA